CUUGGCGACGACCCCAUGCGUUCUUGAUCUAUCUAUGCUGUUCUUACCUUGUUGUCAAGCAAGAAUAAAACGCUGCUUUCUCAUAUUGUUCUUUCUUCCUCUCUUUAAACACUCAAUCUUCUUCUCUACUGAUAGCACAUUUUUUCUUGUUUUUCCUCUAUGGUAACAUAUUCUCAAUUCAAUUGUCCUGUGAUACCAUAUUCUCCCGCUGCUGGGAUUGUGCUGCUGGACAAGCUAUCUACACUUGCAAGCUGGAAGAAAACCUUGCUGACUUGAGCACAGCACUGAACAAAUUAAAGGAGCUAAGGAAUGAUGUGAUGAGAAAGGUCAACAUCGCCGAAGAAGGAAAUAUGAAGCGAUUAGACCAAGUUGAAGGAUGGCUUUCAAGGACAGAGGCUAUGAUAAACGAAGUUGAUCAACUGAUUACAGAUAGUCCUCAAGAAAUCGAGAACUUAUGUAUGGGAGGCUGUUUUUCCAAGAAUUACAUGUCCAGCUUGAGAUUUAGCAAAACAGUAGCCAAAAAACUCAAUGAUGUUAAGGAUCUAAACUUGGAAGUAGCUUUUAAAGAGGUAGCUACGACGGUACCAGCAGCUUUAGUGGUUGAAAGACCGAGUGACUCUGCCAUAGGCUUGGAAUCCAUCUUCAAUACGUUGUGGAGUAGCUUUGAAGAAAAACAUGCGGGAAUUAUUGGCAUAUAUGGCAUUGGGGGAGUUGGCAAGACCAGGCUCUUGACUGAAAUCAACAACAAGAUCGGUGUUUCGGCCGGUGGAUUUGAAGUGGUUAUUUGGGUAGUGGUGUCUAAAGGAUUUUAUGUUGAAAAGGUCCAAGAUGACAUUGCAAAAAGGAUAGGCCUUUCUCGUGAAACGUGGAAUGGUAAAACUCCCGAAGAGAAAGCUACAGAGAUCUUCGGGGUUUUGAAAAAAAGGAAAUUUGUAUUGCUCUUAGAUGAUAUAUGGGAGCGAGUGGAUCUAUCUAAGAUAGGUAUACCUUCCCCGACUCAAGAAAAUGGUUCCAAACUAAUUCUUACAACUCGUUUUCUCCAGGUGUGUGGCCAAAUGAGAACUCAUAAGAAUUUUGAAGUGACAUGUUUGUCGGAAGAGAAGGCUUGGCAAUUGUUUGAAGAACAUGUUAGUAAAGAUCUCCUUGAUAGUCAUCCAAAUGUUCGUGAGCUAGCUCAAGAAGUGGCCAAAGAAUGUGGAGGACUACCUCUUGCACUCAUCACAAUUGGUCGUGCCAUGGCUUACAGGACUACAUCUCAAGAAUGGAAAUAUGCAAUUGAAGUCUUGAGGAGAUCAUCAGCUACUUCGAUUUUUAAAGGCAUGGGUGAAGAGGUAUAUCCACUUCUAAAAUAUAGUUUUGAUAGUUUGUCAAGUGACACGGUUCGAUCUUGCCUCUUAUAUUGUAGUUUGUUCUCAGAAGAUUUUAGAAUUGUAAAAGAAAGGCUUAUAGAUUGCUGGAUAGGAGAAGGAUUUUUGGAUGAACAUGACAACAUUAGUCAAGCUCGAAAUCAAGGCCACUAUAUCAUUGGUUCUCUCAUUCAUGCAUGUUUGUUGGAAGAAGUAGGUGAUUGGUAUGUUAAAAUGCAUGAUGUGAUUCGUGACAUGAGCUUGUGGAUAGCAUGUACUUGUGAAGCACAGAAGUGGAAGUUUUUUGUGCAAGCAGGUUAUCAAUUGACUAAAGUGCCAGAGGUUGGAAAAUGGAGAGGCAUACGAAGAAUGUCUUUGAUGGACAACAAGAUUGAAAAUCUAAAGGAAGCACCUAACUGUCCUGAUCUGCAAACUUUGUUUCUCUGUGGUAAUGAACAUUUGAAGGUGAUCGACAAUGACUUCUUCCAAUUUAUGUGUGUCCUUAAAGUUUUGGACUUGUCAAAUAAUCAAGGUAUUACAGAAUUUCCAAUGGGAAUUUCAAAAUUGGUAUCUGUAGAAUCUCUCAACCUAUCAGGGACAAGAAUAAGAGAGCCACCAAUGGAAUUGAAGGCUUUAAAAAAGCUGAAAUGUUUGAAAUUGGAGGACACGGGCAAUCGAAUCAAAAUCCCAAGAGGGUUGAUGUCUGGCUUCUCAAAGCUGGAAAUAUUGAGAAUGUUUGAUUCUUAUCCUUUCGAUGAGGAUGAUAAGGAAUGCUUGGCAGAGGAAUUGCAGUGCUUAAACCACUUGAAUGUGUUGACCUUGUCCGUAACAAGUGUUUUUGCUCUUGAUAGAUUUUUGAGUGCUGAAAAGUUACACAACUUCACUGAAGAGAUUGACAUUGCAUUUUUCAGGGACUCAAAGCAAUUGAACAUUUUAUCUUUAGCGAAUUUGAAGAGUUUAAAUACACUUUCUCUUAGGGAAUGUGAAAGUUUGGAAGAAGUGAAGACAGUGUGGGAAGGGGAAGGCAGAAUAAUAAAAGCAGCUAUCGAAAUUCAUACAUCUGUGAUUGCAACUGUACCGUGCUUUCAAAGCCUUCUCCGUGUUCGCAUAAUAAGAUGUUCAGAGUUGAGAGACAUAACAUGGCUGAUUUUGGCUCCAAAUCUGAUAUUACUCGUAGGGGCAUGCGAUCAAAUGGAAGAAAUAAUCAAUGAGAUAAAAUUGCGUCAGGUGGCAGAGCUCGUAAAAACUUUAAGUCCAUUUUCAAAUCUCCAAGAUCUUCUUUUAUUCAAUCUACCAGAAUUGAAGAGCAUUUACUUGGAUGCACUGCCCUUCUCAUGUAUGAAGGAAAUUCAAGUU